AUGGACUGCUACUUCAGUGACUUCGAUUUACCAAACCUCGAUUACCCACAUGGCUUCACCUCUUAUAAUCCCACCUACCCACAGGAAACAAUAUUGGAGAUGUCACCCGUGAUGGGUUUAGCUGACAUGGAUCUUAUGGUCCCACCGCCAUAUGAAAGCAACCCAAUUUACUUGAACCAGUUCCCGGAACUCGAAAAUUUCGGCUCCAACUUCUCUGGGUUUGAUUACAGUAUCCCUUCUUUUUAUGAUGACUUGGUGAUCGACGAAAAGCCUUGUACCAUUGUUCUGCCCAAUCACUCCCAGAGCCGGAGUUUUCCUAUUCAAAGGGGCCAAUCUUCGAGCUCUAUGUUCAUUGGGAGUGGGUUUGCCCCUUCUAUUAAAACAGAAGAGGACGAGACUAGGAACAGGAUUAGCUAUAACAGAAAGAAAAGAUCAGCUAACUUGGAGUUAGAUGAUAUAAGGAAGUAUUUUCAUGUUCCCAUAACAAAAGCUGCGAAAGAACUGAACGUGGGGUUAACCCUGCUGAAAAGAAGAUGCAGAGAGCUUAAUAUUACCAGGUGGCCUCAUAGAAAAAUCAAGAGCUUGAAAACCCUCAUCGACAAUGUCAAGGAACUGGGUUUGGCCAACGAGGUUGCUAUGUUGGAGAAGCAUAAGAAGCUUAUGGAGAAGUUGCCUGAUAUAGAAUUAAGCGAGAGAACUAAGAAGCUGAGGCAAGCAUGUUUCAAAGCUAAUUACAAAAGGAGAAGAUCACUGGGACUCCAAGCCCAGGCCUGA